CGGCUUUCGGCGGUUCUGUUAAAAUGGCGCCGUAGGCAGCGGCCCAGCGUGCAGCCGGCUGCUUGCACGGGGCUGCCGGCGCCGCCUCUCCGCCUGCCUCCUUGUCUGCCGCCGCUCGCCACCGCCCCGCUCUUCCGUCCUGCUGGGCGGCGAUGGCGACCCCGGACCAAAAAUCCCCCAAUGUUCUGCUGCAGAACCUCUGCUGCCGCAUCCUGGGCAAGAGCGAAGCUGAUGCAGCCCAACAGUUCCAGUAUGCAGUGAGAGUUAUUGGAAGCAACUUUGCUCCUACUGUCGAACGGGAUGAAUUUCUCGUGGCAGAGAAAAUCAAGAAAGAACUUGUGCGACAAAGAAGGGAAGCAGAUGCUGCUUUGUUUUCAGAACUCUACAGAAAGCUCGGUUCACAGGGCAUUUUGAAAAAUAAAUGGUCAAUUCUCUACCUCCUGCUUAGCCUCAGUGAAGAUCCACGUAAACAAUCUAACAAGGUGUCAAGUUAUGCCACACUUUUUGCUCAAGCAUUGCCACGGGAUGCUCACUCAACUCCCUAUUACUAUGCCAGACCUCAGAGCCUUCCGCUGAAUUACCAAGACCGCAGUGCUCAGUCUGCCCAGAGUUCUGGCAGCAUGGGGAGCAGUGGGAUCAGCAGCAUCAACUUGUAUGCUCUAAAUGGCCCAACGCCAACUCCACAGUCACUCCUUCCAGGACAAUCCUAUCAAGCUCCUGGUGUUGGAGAUUGCCUCCGUCAGCAAUUAGGGUCACGUCUUGCAUGGACUCUAACUGCAAGCCAGCCUUCUUUACAAAGCACUACCUCAAAAGGCUUUUCAAAUGCUGUCUCACGUGGAGUACCAAGGUCAAGGCGAGAAGGAGAUACAAGUGGCUCUGUUGAGAUAACUGAAGCAAACCUUGUAAGAGAUGUUUUGUAUGUCUUCCAGGGAAUAGAUGGCAAAAACAUCAAAAUGUGCAACUCUGAAAAUUGCUAUAAAGUUGAGGGGAAGGUGAGCUUGUCCAAAUCUCUCAGAGACACCACAAGCAGACUUGCGGAGUUGGGAUGGCUACAUAAUAAAAUAAGAAAAUACACAGACCAAAGGAGUUUGGAUCGUGCGUUUGGACUUGUGGGUCAGAGUUUUUGUGCAGCCUUACAUCAGGAACUCAAAGAAUACUACCGACUUCUGUCUGUUUUGCAUUCUCAGCUCCAAUUGGAAGAUGAUCAGGGUGUAAAUUUGGGACUUGAGAGCAGCUUAACACUUCGUCGUCUUCUCGUCUGGACAUAUGAUCCUAAAAUAAGGUUAAAGACCCUCGCAGCACUUGUUGAUCACUGUCAAGGAAGAAAAGGUGGUGAACUAGCUUCAGCCGUUCAUGCCUAUACUAAAACAGGAGAUCCCUACAUGAGAUCUCUGGUUCAGCACAUUCUUGGCCUGGUCUCCCAUCCUGUACUGAAUUUUCUUUAUCGAUGGAUUUAUGAUGGAGAGCUGGAGGAUACAUACCAUGAGUUCUUUGUAGCUUCAGAUCCUACAGUCAAAACUGACCGGUUGUGGCAUGACAAGUACACUUUGAGGAAAUCAAUGAUCCCUUCUUUUAUUACAAUGGAGCAAUCAAAAAAGGUCCUCCUAAUAGGAAAAUCCAUAAACUUCUUGCAUCAAGUUUGUCAUGAUCAAACUCCAUCCACAAAGAUGAUUGCUGUGGCUAAAUCUGCAGAAUCUUCAAAGGGUGCUGCUGAUUUGUUCACGGAUCUGGAAAAUGCAUUUCAAGAGAAAAUUGAUGCAGCUUAUUUUGAGACCAGCAAAUACUUGUUGGAUGUUCUCAAUAGGAAGUACAAUCUACUGGAACACAUGCAGGCCAUGAGGCGUUACUUACUACUUGGUCAAGGAGACUUUAUCAGACAUUUAAUGGAUUUGCUCAAACCUGAGCUUGCACGACCAGCCACAACCUUGUACCAGCAUAACCUAACAGGAAUUCUUGAAACAGCAGUGAGGGCAACUAAUGCACAGUUCGAUAAUCCUGAGAUUCUCAAACGAUUGGAUGUUCGACUUCUGGAGGUAUCUCCUGGGGACACUGGAUGGGAUGUCUUCAGUUUGGACUAUCAUGUUGACGGACCAAUAGCAACGGUGUUUACACGUGAGUGCAUGAGCCACUAUUUAAGAGUAUUUAAUUUCCUUUGGAGAGCGAAGCGAAUGGAGUACAUUCUUACUGAUAUAUGGAAAGGACACAUGUGCAAUGCAAAGCUUUUGAAAAGUAUGCCAGAGCUUUCUGGGGUGCUGCAUCAGUGUCACGUUCUGGCAUCAGAAAUGGUCCAUUUCAUUCAUCAAAUGCAGUAUUACAUUACAUUUGAGGUGCUUGAAUGCUCGUGGGAUGAACUCUGGAACAAGGUCCAACAAGCACAGGACUUAGAUCACAUCAUUGCAGCUCAUGAAGUUUUUCUGGACACAAUCAUAGCUCGGUGCUUGCUGGAUAGUGAUUCCAGGGUACUUCUCAACCAACUUCGAGCUGUUUUUGAUCAGAUCAUUGAGCUUCAGAAUGCCCAAGAUGCAAUGUACAGAGCUGCUCUGGAAGAGCUGCAACUAAGAUUGCAAUUUGAAGAGAGGAAGAAGCAGCGUGAGCUUGAGGGCAAAUGGGGUGUAACUGCAUCAGAAGAAGAAGAAGAGAAGAAAAGGAUAAAAGAAUUUCAAGACUCAAUACCCAAAAUGUGCUCACAGCUCCGAAUACUCACUCACUUUUACCAGGGAAUCGUCCAGCAGUUCUUGGUCUUGCUGACAACCAGUUCUGAUGAAAGCCUUCGAUUUCUUAGCUUUAGACUGGACUUCAAUGAGCAUUAUAAAGCAAGAGAACCAAGGCUUCGUGUGUCUUUGGGCACUAGAGGCAGACGAAGCUCACAUAUGUGAAAUAGCUGCUAAGGACUGCACCUCGGUAUCCGAAGGAUGUUGAACCUCUUGUUGGACAAGGCAGUCAGUGUUGACAUAAUAAAACCAAAUUGUGUGUAGUAGGUGUCCACCAUUUCUGCAGACAACAUGUUUUCAGUCAUGUGAUUGUGUGACACUAUAUAACAGGAAGCAAAAAAGUAGGUUUGUGGAUUUUGGUUCUUUUUUUUUUUUUUACACUAAUGUUUAUAGAAUUAUCAGAGUAAAUGGGCUUCUUGAAACUGUUAGAAUUAUCCUUAAGUCAUCCUUUCAAACAAAUGCCAUUUUUAUUUGAAGCUUUGUAAGCUCUCUCCACUGUAACUUAUAUUUGUGUCGAAAAAAUCACAUCUUUUGUUUCAGAAAGCACCAUUUCCUUUUUUAACAAGAAAAUAAAAAGGUUAUUUUUUCUAUAUGUACUUGUUCUAUUUGAAAAGAGCUUUUGUUAAAGCCAACAGAUCAGGACACAGACCUCUUGUCCUCAUUAUGAACCUAUCCAGCAUUUCAUUAUGCUGAUUUUCAGUUUUGUGAUGUGUUUGACUGUGUAAGAAACUUUGUAUCUGGAGACAUAAACUUCUAUUUAAUUUUUUCUUUGUUUUCAAAGUUUACAAUUUGAAAUAAAGAAAAAUACUUGGCAAAUUCUAUAGUUACUGUACAGGAGAAAACUAUAGAAAUAGAGCCAGAAAUAAAUCUAUUGCACAUAAGAUCUAAGAACUGAAAUUACUCAGUACUGUAAAAGUGAAAGUUUCAAUUAAGAUUAAAGUGAAUGAAAUAAUUGGUGUUCAAAAUCUGAUGUGUAGAAGCAAUCUAAAUUGGAUAAUGUCGAUUUCAUUCUCUUCCCUUGCCUAUUUUUUCAUUGUAAAUAUUUAUAUAUUGCUGUCCAGAUGUGGGGAGAGGAGGGAUUCUUCUUUUGCAAAGUUGUCACUAUAUCAGGUCAUUUAUUAUGUUCCACAGGUACAAGCUUAGAAAAAUAAAAACAACUAUCUUUCAAACAUUGGCUUUGCUUUUUGUAGUUGGAAAGUUAUGAUUCUUUGACAGGGUAAGAAAGGAGGAGCUCACAGCUGGGAAUGUAU